AUGGGCGACCAACAAGCAAAUCGGCAAAAGGCAAUGGCGGCCGUACAUGCAAUGUUCGAAAAGUACAAGUUGCUUGCAGCCCGCAGGCCCAAGGACCAUGUCGACUUUGACCGAGAAGUCAUGUUGAAUCUGGAGCUCGUGGAUGCAAGCCUCGAUGGCACAGUUACUUAUGAACUCGUCAUUGGACCCAACUUUUCGAACUUGAACAAUGUUAUGCAUGGAGGCGCCGCCGGUGUUAUAUUCGACAUGUCCACGACGACGGCUCUUUGUCCUCUUGCUCGGCCCGGGUUCUGGGAAUUCAUGGGCGGCGUAACUCGUUCUCUCAACAUGUCCUAUCUCAAGGCGGUGCCCAUCAACACCAGGGUGCGACUCAAUAGCAGAGUGGUAAGUGUGGGCAAGCAGAUGGCUAUGAUCCGCGGCGACAUGACCAGCCUGGAUGGCAAGACAACAUACUGCACAGUGGAGCACCAUAAAGUGAAUGCGCCUGUGGUCAAAGAGCAUCUAGAUGUAAGAACAGCGUGGGAUGAAGCAUUCGCGAGGGAAUGGAAAGCGAAGGGCGUGACGGAAGUGAAGAGCAAAAUAUGA